CGGCUCGCCCGAGCUCUCCGGCGCGGGCGCGCGGGGAAAGUUGGGCGGCGGGUCGGGCUCGGCGGCGGCGGCGGCUCCGAUGCGGCGGAAGCAGAAGCGGCUGCUGCAGGCGGUGGGGCUGGCGCUGGCCGCCCUCGUCUUCCUGCCCAACGUGGGGCUCUGGGCGCUCUACCGGGAGCGGCAGCCGGAGGGUGGCCCGGGGGGGGCGGCGGCCGGAGGGGAGGCGCAGGGCUCGCAUGUGAGGAAAAGGAAAGAAGUUUACUUUGAUGAUGGACAAAGGAAAAAGGACUGGCAUGAUAAAGAAGCUAUAAGGAGGGACUUGGAGUGCACGGGAAAUGGAGAGCAGGGAAAACCUUAUCCGAUGACUGAUGCAGAGCAAGUGGACCAAGCAUACAGGGAAAAUGGCUUUAAUAUCUUUGUGAGCGAUAAAAUUUCUCUUAAUCGCUCCCUUCCAGAUAUCAGGCACCCAAACUGCAAUAACAAGCUGUACCUGGAGAAGCUCCCAAACACCAGCGUGAUAAUCCCAUUCCACAAUGAAGGAUGGUCAUCUCUCCUCCGGACAGUGCACAGCAUCCUAAAUCGCUCCCCUCCUGAGCUGAUAGCAGAAAUUGUGCUGGUGGAUGACUUUAGUGACAGAGAACAUCUGAAGAAACGUUUGGAAGACUACAUGGCCCAGUUCCCAAAUGUCCGAAUCCUGCGCACCAAGAAGAGAGAAGGGCUAAUAAGAACUCGAAUGCUGGGAGCCUCUGUGGCAAUAGGAGAUGUUAUCACAUUCUUGGAUUCUCACUGCGAGGCCAAUGUGAACUGGCUGCCACCUCUGCUAGACCGCAUUGCUCGGAACCGCAAGACUAUUGUGUGCCCAAUGAUUGACGUAAUUGACCAUGACCACUUUGGAUAUGAGACCCAAGCUGGAGAUGCGAUGCGAGGGGCAUUUGACUGGGAGAUGUAUUACAAGCGGAUCCCUAUCCCUCCUGAAUUACAGAAACCUGAUUCUAGUGACCCCUUUGAGUCUCCUGUAAUGGCUGGAGGACUGUUUGCAGUCGAUAGAAAGUGGUUCUGGGAGCUGGGAGGGUAUGAUGCAGGUCUGGAGAUAUGGGGAGGAGAACAGUAUGAAAUAUCCUUUAAGGUGUGGAUGUGUGGGGGUCGCAUGGAGGACAUUCCUUGCUCCCGAGUGGGUCAUAUCUACAGGAAAUACGUUCCUUACAAGGUUCCAACAGGAGUCAGCCUGGCGAGGAACUUGAAGCGUGUGGCUGAAGUGUGGAUGGAUGAAUACGCAGAGUACAUUUACCAGCGUAGACCUGAAUAUCGGCAUCUCUCUGCGGGGGAUGUGAAUGCUCAGAAGGAACUUCGCAACAAUCUCAACUGCAAGAACUUCAAAUGGUUCAUGAGUGAGGUAGCUUGGGAUUUGCCAAAAUUCUACCCACCAGUGGAGCCCCCGGCAGCUGCCUGGGGAGAGAUCCGUAAUAUAGGAACUGGUCUAUGCGCAGAUACGAAACACGGAACUCUGGGCUCCCCAUUGAGGCUGGAAACCUGUGUGAAAGGCAGAGGAGAGGCAGCUUGGAACAACAUACAGGUAUUCACCUUCAGCUGGCGGGAAGAUAUCCGUCCUGGGGACCCUCAGCACACCAAGAAGUUCUGUUUCGAUGCCAUUUCCCACAGCAGCCCUGUGACCCUCUACGACUGUCACGGAAUGAAGGGGAACCAGCUGUGGAGAUACAGGAAAGACAAGACCCUUUAUCACCCAGUAAGCAGCAGCUGUAUGGACUGCAGUGAGAGUGACCGAAAGAUCUUUAUGAAUACCUGCAAUCCCUCUUCUCCAACACAGCAGUGGAUAUUUGAACACACAAACUCAACUGUCUUGGAAAAAUUUAACAGAAAUCUUGAUCUUUAAAGACUGCGCAUAUAUAUAUAUAUAUUUAUAUAUAUAUUUUACAGUUAUAGUUUUUACCGGGGAGGGUUACAAAAAAAUGUUUUGUUUUUUGUUUUUAAACAAACAAGGUAAAAGGGAGAAUCUCAGAAGAGGGUGUGACUAGCUGGCCAGUCUUUAUUUUGAAGAUGCUGCAUCUUUCUCUUUUUGGGGAUGGUGCAAUUCCAUGAGGCUUUACCAGAGUCACUUGCCUCUCAAGAUCAGAUCAGAAUCUCUAUUUUUAAAGGCUUACGAACCUGGUUCAACCUGCAUUUAGAUCAUGUGUGGUACUUUCCCAGAUGCUAAACAAAGCGUUCCCAAAUAGUCACUUUACCUCCCAGAAUCCAUCCAAGCAAAACCUGCACUCAAAAUUACAGUGCAAAGUCAACAUAACAGUACCUGACAAAUACACUGACUUCCAGUGCAUCAAAACUUAAAAUGCAAUAGAAAAAUGAAAAGUGUGUGUGUCUCUUCUGUGCACCAAACCAAAAUAUACUUAAAGCAGCUUGGCCUCAUAAUGCCUUUCAAAGGAAUAGAUCUGUUAACAGAAUACAGUUUGAGUGAACUAAGGGCAGUUGAGACUAAUGUUCCAGUGAAUAUAAGUCACUGGUAGAAAAACCACAAUUUCAGGUCCAUGCACCUUGCUCUCUAAUACCCAUUGUUGGGUCUCUUCAAUAUGAAGGAAUAGAAAAAAGGUUUUCCAGUAAGGUGACCGCCUGCAGCUAAAAUAAUUGUGGUGACUCUCGCCACAGGUUUUUAGAUGGCUAAUAACAGUCACUUAUAGUAUGGGGUGGUUUUAGGAUAGAAACAUUCCAAGGAUCCUUGCCAUAAAAUCUACUGCAUGGGAAAAUCUCCAGUUUUCCUCCAGAGACCUGGGGCCAAAUUCACCCUGAGCAUGAGCAGCUGCAAUUCCACAGAGGUUGAUGGAUUUGAGACUGCUACCCAGGGUUUAAUUUGGCCCGUGGUCUUCUGCGGCCAGCAGUCCAUCUGUCUGAGGUAACUGCAGUGAGUGCAGGGCCCAUGCACAAGGCCAUUAUACUCUCACAGAUGACUGCAUAGUUAUCCUUCUGCUAAGAUGCUGCAUAAAUCAACCAAACUAAACAUUUUCCGAUCAUCCCCCAGCUGCUUGGCUUGUCCACCUAUCCUUAUAGGCACUCUACAGGAGUAGGCAGCAUGUGGCCAGUUCUGGGAUUGUGAGGCAUGCCACAGCAUGAGGGGCUGAAAUGAGCAAGGCAGUGUCUUGGGAAGAGCGGGGAGAAGUUUGCAGGAAGAGCAGGCUGCUAUCUGGGGCUCCUAAGCAGCACAGUAAUGGAUCUCUGCUCCUGCAGGGGCGUGAAGCUCCACAUUUCGGGCAUCUUCCCUGCUGUGUAGCUCCUAAGUUUCACAAGAGAGCUUUGCUCUGAGCAGGUUCAAGAGGCCCAUAUAUAUGGCAGCUGCUUUGUGUUACAGGCCUCCCCUUGCUCACCACAAGACAGUAGUUCAGCCCCCUCUGCUGUUGCCUGCUCCCUUUCUGCACCAGUUCAGGAGCUGCAGAGGUUAUCAAGUGACUUUGUGAUCUCUCAAUGAUGGUGCAGAAUUUGAUGCAGUUUUGCCACAUAAAUCAGUGUGGGCUUGCUGCAUGGCACGCAGGAUCUCAACAAGUAAUAAACCCAGACUUCAGUGACGUUGCUAAUUGCAGCAUUGUUGCAAAUGAUUCACAGAGUCCUUUGAAGUCAAGCACUGCUUCUUCAUUUGGAGGGGUGGGAGGACAGAGACUUUACUGCCCUUUGGGAUAGUCCAUAUUUUUUCUGUGAUCACUACGUGGUGCCAGCAAACUGCAGCAAGAGAUGCUGUACAAACUAGACCAAUGCCACAUUGGGUUAACAUCCUCUGAUUAAAAUAUAAUUGCAUAUGUUCUAAAUAUCUGUAACAUGUCUAUCAUUAGAAGCACUUUUUAAUACCAUGGGGGGAAGCGCCAGUUUCCAGUACUUGGGAAGUAGCUGUCAGAUGUUUUCCUUGAGUUAUGAAUGCUCUCAUUAGUCUGGUGGUACUUAUUGUGGCUCACUAAAUGGCCUGACUAAAUGUCUUUAUGAAUGUUUUAAUACCUGUGGAACAAGAAGCUGUACACAAAGAGCACAGGUUUAUUAUAAUUGGAAUACAAGGUCAGAAAGUGAUCAUUCCGCUGCAGCGAGUAGUGCUGUAACAUUAAUGCCUGCAUUUUAGUUUUCCACUUCAUUAGGGGAUCAGCUUCUGUUUAAAAUAUAUGGCUUUCUCUGGACUCGGACUCACCUUGUGAGCCAAUUUUUGGAUACUUUUAGCUGCUCAGCAUGUUGGACACAAGCUUCUGAGAUUAUUGUUAAUGGGAUAGGGAGCCUUUGAUAUCUAGGUCAGUGAUUCGACUUUGGCUCAAGGGCAGUUUGGCAGCAUUCACCAAAAGACUAGGUGAUCUUAAUGCAGUUCCUACUUGACAGAUAUUGGUCACAGGACCACUAUCACAAGUGGCCCCACUGCUGCCAGGCUCAGCACAGAGGCCAAGAACUGAAUGGGCCAGGAAUGCGUUCAUCUCUUUUAAGGGUGAUCUCUCCCGGUCAGUUGCAGUGCUGUCAGUCUGGUUCAUUUCAAAAAGCUGUGGAUUUCAAAUCCUGACUGUCCCAUGAAUUCAGUGUGCCUAUGUCUGAUUGUCUCAGUGGUGUUCCUUUAGCUAUUAUUUUACUUACGUUAAUUGUACAUUUCAAUGCCCCAGAGGCUUUGCUGACUAAUGGGAAGAAUUACCAUAGUCUGCCAGCUACUGACUGAGAAAUAGAAAUUAUAUUUCUCAAUCUUCAUCUUUAAUUGAGCUUUUGCUGAGCAAUCAGGCUAAUUAUUCCAAUUAUGUUUAGUUAUUUAUAAGCAAAAAUCACCAAAGCAUGAAUCCAUAAACAAAUCCUCACAUUUGCAUGCAAAUCAAGAUCAGGUCUCAAAUGCCAUCAACUACCUAAUGGAAAACGCAUUCUUUUCACAUCCAGCUAUUUUUCAAAACUGUAAUUUAAAAAAAAAAUCUCUGCCCCGGCUUCAUAAAUUCUUUAGUUUGUGGCAAGACUGCAUAUAAGAAUUCUGAAAUACAGUGAGAUGCUGUGUGGUGUGUUCACUUACAUUUCAGUACCCAAAAUGCACUUCCAUCUCUUGCCUACUUCAUAGUGGUGUUACUGUCUGACCCCUGUGAGCAAACUACAUGGGUUUGAGUUUUCCUGUAGGCUUUGGCAACAAAUCUUUUUUUUUCCCACAGAGUGGAAUGUUGUGUGGCCUUUAAUGAAAGCGGAAUACAGCAUCAUUAAAAUAAAGAUGUGCCUUUUUAAAUGCAAAUGUACAGCAAAUGCCUAAACUUGAACCAUUUCCUAGUGCCUUGCUGGACAAGAGUGAAGUGGGCUGGGGAGAAGGAUGUACAAGAGAGUUUGAUGCAGUGCGCAAUUACCAUUCUGGUGUGGGUUUUUGUUUUUAAAUGUCUGGCUUUAAGUACAAAUUUUAGCACGACAAAAGGUACUGGCCAGGAGAUGCAGGGCCUCCAGGGGUUACUGGAUUAAGAGUAUCCAUUAAUGUCUGUGCUUUUCUUUACACUCAGUAUGAAGUCUGGAGAUUCUUCUUCGAGUGAUGGUCCCUAUUGUAUCCACUGAGGGUUACGCUUGGGACAUAGAGUAGAAGUUCAACUGAUGUUAGACCAGAGGAUUUCUUGGGCUGGUUGCUGUAUGUUUAAUCCCUGAUAAAGGCACGUAUAAUAUCUGUUUAAUCAAGGGAACAGCAUCCAGGAGUUCACAAUUCAUACUCAAUGUAUUCAAAUACAGAGCUUUUCAUAAAUGGUUCCAACAGCAUAUCAGAAUCUAAGUGAAAGGAUAAUGUGGUAACUUCUAUAAACUCAACACCAUGGAUCAGUGGGGAGCAAAUCUGUAAUACAGAAGUAGCAAGAAAGCAAUUCCUUACAAUCUGUGGUAAUUUAUACCUAUGUAAUGCCAGUUCAGCAAGUUUUUCCCCUUACCUAGCUGGAAGUCUGUAAUGUUAAAAAAUUAAUACUGGAACUUAAAUGAGCAGUGAGGUUUCACAAGUAACUGGUUAUUGGUACUAGCAUGGUGCUCCUGUAGCUACCACCGUAUAGUUAUGGUAAUUGCGCGUCCUUUUAGGAGCGAGGAAGAUCACAUAAGAACCAUGUGAAAAGUCAGAAUGCAUCACUGGGUGAAAGGGGAGCAGUUUUCAUUUGUUUUUCUUUUGUGAUAUGUGCAGGAUGUUGAAAUGUUUGUGUUUGGGGUGUGUGGACAGCUUGCUGCAGCCAGCCAGUAAUACAUGGUAUCAAAUGAAACUGUCAAGGCUAACAGAUCUAGAACAGUCAAUGGCUGUAGGAUUGGCUUUCUCAUGUAUGAGAGUCAAAUAUGUGUGUCAUGCCACACUUUCAUUCUACCUGGCUGCUACAUUCUCUUAAGCAGAUAAGUAAUGAAAUACACAAGUUACAUUUCAGAGUUAACAGCCCACAGCAAAUGGGGCAUUAAAGCCAGUCAUUACCUGACACACAAAAUCCAGCAAACCGGUUGUCAUUUCCACUACAAAAGGAUUGUUUAGCAUCAAGUGUUCUCAAUGUUUUGUUUUAUCUUAAACAGAUGAAUAUUGUGGAAAGCGAGUUGGCAAAGCACUGUUGACAAACAAUGAAUAGCUUGAGGCUAACUUCUGAGAUAUCCAGUGUAUUUUUUAAAAAAAGAAAAAACUGUUUUUUACAGGGGAGGCAGUGUGGGCUAGUGAGUAAGGCACUGGACUGGGAGUCGAAGACUUGAGUUCUACUCCCAGCUCUUUUGCUGACCUGCUGUUUGACUUUUGGCUUCUCCUCUGUGAUACAUUUUCCUCAUCUGUAAAAUAUGGGUAAUGUAUACCUUUGGUAAAGUGCUUUGAUAUCUACAGAUAAAAAGCAUUAUGUAAGAACAACUUAAUGUUGUAAUACAAAUUACAGUUCUUCAUAAACAAAGCUUUGAAUCAAAUACUAAAUUUCCUUUGGAAAAUAGGGUAGUGAGUCAGGUAUUGGAAAGUUGAGCGAUGAAGAUUCCCACCAGCAUGGGGUACUUAUUUUUCAGUUGUAAAUUCAUUUCAUUUUACUGAUUAACCUGUCAGAUUGCCUUAUCUAGAUGUCACCUACACUAACUGAACUCACACUCCAGUUGUUCCUUUGUCGUGAGUUCCAUGUAUAAAACUAGACAAUGACAGAUUUAUGAAAAUCAUAAUAAAAGACCUUUGUCUAGUUUUUCUGUGACUCUGCGUUUGCUAGUUGAGUAGGCUCUUCCUUUAUUCACUGUGUUCUGAGCUUUCCUGAUGCUUCUGUAUUACCCAGAAGGCUUCAAUGAUUCCAACAGAUGUGUGGUUUUUCAUUGGGAGCCACGCAGGUCUUAAAACUGCUCAUUCAGCAUUAGGAAGGAAGCUCUGAUCCCAAUUAGCAAGCAGUCAAAUGUGAACUUGGCUUACAAAACGACAUAGAAACUAAUCAAUUCAACAGACUAAAACAUUAGCCCUUAAAAUAACAGUAACAAAUAGCUUUAGCUUUUUUAGGAUGGGAGCCCCAAGGUAUCAGUGAUGAGGUCUUAGUUGAUUCACUCCUUGUACUGUGUGCAUUUUAACUUAUUUACUUCAAAACUGGAUGGGAUAGUGCCUCGUAAACCAGUGUAUAUUUAUUUCUGGGCACAUUAGGACACACUCCUAAUAUAUGGGGACGGUAAAGGAUGUUUAGCACUUUAAUGUAGUAGCUUACAUAAAUUGGAGUCAGAGAUAAUGCAUAGUUUUUAAAAGUUGAAUGGACUUCCUUUUAUAAUAUUUAAAAUAAAUUUUUAAUGUUUUUCUGAA